GUUUCCAUAUAAACCCGCCUUCCCACGAAUCAACUCUCGAUAUCUUUCAUAGACAUUCUUGACUUAGAUCUCCUCGACUUAAACCUCCUCGACACAGAUCCGAAGAUCUCAAACCAAAAACUUCAUUACCAAGUAAAUGCUCCACCUCAAAAUGACGACCACGAGAUCAGGAUUAAAUUCUGCGUCGAAUGUAAAGCAGAAGCUUAACACGAAGCAAAAGCGAAAGACCAAAGCAAAGACAACCCCAACGAGAAAAAAUGCACAAUCUACCCCGGAAAACACAAAAUCGGCCUCGAAAACAAUGAUCACUCGGAGUUCAGAAAGAAUUGCAGAUGCACGUCUGAAGAUGAAGAUUGCCAAAGCUAGCCCGAAGAAUACACCAUCGUCUUCGAGAACAAUGGUCACGAGGAGCUCAGGGAUAAAUGUACAUACAAGCCUGGAGAAUGUACAACCGGCUUUGAAGCGAAUGCGCGCUCGGAGCUCAAAGAUAAAUGUAGAUGCGAGCCCGGAGAUUUUGAAUUCGAAGAUACAUAUUGAGGCUUCCACUCCGAGUGUUGAUGCGAGAGUGAUAAUUGUGAUCCGGGAUUCGGAUUCGGAUGCUGAUGACGAUGACGAUGAUGAUGAUGAUGAUGAUGACGACGGAGAUGGAGUUGAGGAUGGGAAUGAAGUUGGAGAUGAGAAUGAAGUUGAAGAUGGGAAUGAAGUUGGAGAUAAAGUUGGAGAUGGUUUUGAUGAUGAAGUUGAUGAGGAUGAAGUUGAUGAGGACGAAGUUGAUGAGGACGAAGUUGAUGAGGACGAAGUUGAUGAGGACGAAGCUGAUGAAGCUGGAGAGGGAGUUGGUCGAGAUAACGUUGGAGAUGCGGAUGCGAAUGCGAAUGCGAAUGCAACCCCAAUGUUUAUUCCAAUGCAUAUUGUCGAGCUAGAUACAACUUCAAAUAUGGAUUUGAUACCCAGUAUGACCGCUGAUUGGGAUUCUCCAAAUCUAGGAUAUCUGAUGGAAAUGGGUUCAGAAGCAGAGCCAGAACCAGAACUAGCUUUGGGAUUAGAUCCAGGAUUAGAAUAUCACGGCACUGGAGAUGAUUAUCUUUUAUCCCCUGAUUUGCUCCUAGAUAUGGGUAUGGAUGUGGAUAUGGGCAUGGAUGUGGGCAUGGACGUGGAUAUGGAUAUGGAUACAGAUAUGAAUACCAACAUAGAUGUAUACGCAGAAAUCAACACAAGUCCAUCGCAUACCUCCUGGCAAGGAAUGUAUAUGAAUCCACCUCUGACACCGGAAGAGAGGGGUUGGAACUUUUCGGAUGUGGGAAUAGAGGAGAUUGAUGGGUUGUUUGAGGAGAUGGAGUGGGGGCCGAGAGGAGUUGCGGAUGUUGAUAUGUAGAUGGGGGAGGAGGUGAGAGGUGAGAGGAGGUAUGGAAGAACGAAAGGAACAUCCACAGACACAGACACCAACACAGGCACCCAAACAAAAACAGGAAACGAAAAAUAGAGGAAAGGUAGAAGGGAAAAAGAAAGAAAGUCGGGGAAAGCGCUUGAGAAUCAGAGAGAAGGAUUGAGAGUCA